GAAACGUACGUUCCAUGUGCGUGACGCUGAACUUCUACGUGAGGAGGGAGGGGUAAUCUUUCCAAGAUGGCGACGACCACAGAAAGUAUCGAUGCCGGGGUUGCAGGCAAGAAAAAACAUCUAGGAAUCCCUGAAGCAGUCUUUGUGGAGGAUGUGGACUCCUUCAUGAAGCAGCCGGGCAAUGACACGGCCGACGCGGUGCUGAGGAGGCUGGAUGAGCAGUAUCAGAAGUACAAGUACAUGGAGCUCAACCUGGCCCAGAAGAAACUGAGGUUAAAAAGCCAAAUUCCACAGAUCAAGCAGACAUUAGAAAUUUUAAGACACAUGCAGAAGAAAAAGGACACAACAGAACCCAUGGAGACACGCUUCCUGCUGGCAGACAAUGUGCACUGCAAGGCCUUGGUACCGCCCACAGACAAAGUUUGCUUGUGGCUUGGGGCGAAUGUAAUGCUGGAGUACGACAUCGACGAGGCGCAGUCUCUCCUGGAGAAGAACCUGGCCACUGCUUCUCGGAACCUCGACUCCUUGGAGGAAGACCUGAACUUCCUCAGAGACCAGUUCACCACCACUGAAGUCAAUAUGGCACGUGUCUACAACUGGGAUGUCAAGAGAAGGAGCAAAGACAAUCUCUCAAAAAUAGCUGAGAAGUCUUAAGCUCAACUCUCACCAUAGUCUCACAACCCCCCCCUCCCCCAAAAGGAAAAAAAAAUAUUGCAUACUUUACCACCUGGUCCCUCCAUUGUCAUUUGAUUUAUUAUAUAUAUAUUUUUUAAGAAACUUAUUUUUCAGACCACAAAAUUAACAAGUCUGUUUUUUUGUAUUGUUUAUAUUAUUAUUGGUUUUUGAUGGUGGCAGAUUACACUAUUAUGGCAUGGUAUCUUCCUGGCGAUGACCUUUUUUAAAGUGGGUUUAUUUAUCUGCAGCAGCCUGAGCACUUGCAGAGUCUGAGGACCAGAUUGUGUGUGUGUGUGUGUGUGUGUGUGUGUGUGUGUGUGUGUGUGUGUGUGUGUGUGUGUGUGUGUGUGUGUGUGUGUGUGUGUGUGUGUGUGUGUGUGUGUGUGUGUGUGUGUGUGUGUGUGAGAGAGUGAGUUUCUGCGAGGUUUGGCCCAUGGUCUCAGUGGUGCUAGCAAUGCAGCAGCUUUUCCACACAGCACCUUCUGAUCCUACUACAGUCCGCAAGAGUUGUGCUCAACGUUUUCUUAGUGGGCCAAACAGCAGGCCCCGAUUUUUGUCACAAACACCCCCCUCCCCCCCAACCCCACGCCUCUGCUAACCCGUCCUCUGCUGCAUGUUUUCCCUCUGUCUCUCUUUCGGUCUGGUAGUAUUUAUGUCACACUGUAUAAAUACUGGAAAAGAAGGACAAAAACUGGGGAAAUGGCAAAGAAUUAAAAAGACAAAUGUGAUUUAA